AUGACGGCCGCGGAGUAUACCACUGCUGGGCCUCGCAGGGCCGAUGCCAGCAGCACCCACACCAGCAUCAGCACCGCGACGCCCAAACUGACGCUGCCGCCCAGGGUGCACACCCUUCCCAAGCCGCUCCCCUCGGACCAGUCCCCCCCUCAUACCCAUUCUCGCUCUCAUCCUCACAUUCGAAUACAGCGCCCUCACUCGCAUUUUGACCUGCGCGGACAGUAUGACAGCGACGGUCUCGAUCUGAGCCCCAACUCGCUUGGCUUCGCCGACAUCUACACCGGCGACGUGCCCACUCUGCCCUGUCCGUCUCUCUCGACCAGCUGGUCCAGCUCGUCCAUCGCAGACGACUCCACAUCCGCGUCGACAGUUACCAGAGCACACUCCGUCUCCACCACCAGCAGCCCAAGCCAGCCGGGCAGAGGCACCUCGACCGCCUGGAGCCGCUCCAGCAGCCGAACCCGCGACGACGACGCGGUCGACAACGACAACACACCAACGCCCACACCGGCACCAAUCCCUGCUGCUCCCACGGCCACCACUGUCAUCGUGGGUCAAGCUACUGUGGCUCCCGCUGCCGCUGCCGCUACUUUUGAUAGCAUCACCACAACUACUAUCGACGCAACAAACUCCCUCACCAGGCCGCCUUCCGCUACUCCAUCCACCGCCUCCUCAACCGCUCCCUCCUUUCGAAAGCCCGCCCCUGGUCUAGCUGCCCGUCUCAAGGCCUUGGGCUUUGGCUCCUCCAGAAAGUCGGCUCCCAACCCCACACCGCCCACUAGCGACCUCGUCGGCCGUCUCGACGAACACCAGCUACGCCAGCUUGACGAAAAACACAUCGCCGGCUCCAUCAGCUCCGUCAUUUCCAGGAGAGGCCGCCCUUGGAGAGGCGCCGGCGCCUCUUCUACCCUCAAGUCCUUUGCCAGUCAGCCCAACCUGCGCCCGCGUUCUGCUAUACCCGACCAGUCCCCGCGACUGCCCGAGAUUAGAGCUCCCGAUCCUCUCGAGAUGGACACCCAAAAGUACCGCCUGCCCGACCACACCAAUGGCAAUGGCACCAAAGUCACCCUCGAGACAAGGCGCGAGCAUCUCCAACGACAACCCCGCGCCCCAUCACCCGCCUUGUCGCCAACGCCCCCGCCUCCUCCCCCAAAAGAUACACCACCACCUCCCGCGACGCCUCCGCCCACAACACCCCCGGCCGCCUCGGGCCAAGGCGACUAUGUCCCUGGUCUUGGCUCCUAUUUCACCCCGAACCGCAAUCGUCCUGGCUCCAUCUACACCCUCUCCCGAGCCUCCUUUGCCAAUCAACUCGCCCAGCUCACCUCGCUACAGCUCCCUGAUGCCGCUUCGCUCUCGAGUAAGGUUUCUGCCAUCCCCACAGCCAGCGCAGCUACCAAGGCUCUCAUCAACGCCGCCGACCAGAUUCGAAGCUGGAUCUCAAAAGCCCAAGAGGUCAUUGGAGGCCUCGACAGCGAAGAUGAUGUCGAGUGGGCGGCGGCCGGCGGCCGUGAAGGCCUCAGCGACGUCGAGAUCGCCAUUGUACGGUUCGAGGAACUCAUCAACGCGUAUGUCUCGGCGAUUGAGGAACUUCAGCAGCGCGAUGAUUCUUCCCAGGUCCCCAAGGAAGACACCCAUCAAGCUGUAUCUCAGAUGGAAAUCAUCCUCGACGAGUGGUCUAAAAUCAAGUCCACCCUGCACAGCGUCCGUGGACAGGUUGAGAUCGCCAUGGAGUGGGAGGAGCUCUGGAACAAUGUACUGGGAGACAUACAAAGUGAAAUGGACGAGCUGAGCCGUCUCGUCUUCGAGAUGGAGGAACGCCGCCACAAAACCAUCGUUGCCAGCGCCGGCGGCGAUAAUGUUGACAUUGGUGACCUCGAGACGAUUGUCGAGGAUGGACCAGUCACAAUACCCCACGUGAAAUCUCCCGGCCGCCUGCCUAUAUCUACGGCUCCCCUGAGUCCCAGCUCGCCGACCACUCUCAAUGCUGCCAGCGCCAGCUUGUCCCAGGAUGACUCCAGCCUACUUGCUCUCUUCGCACGCAUGCAGCCUUUACGCGCCUCGCUCGACUUCCUACCCAUGCGCCUAUCCGUCUUUGAAACGAGAGCCGAGAACAUAUUUCCUACCGCGUGUGACGAGCUCACCAUGAGACGAACAGGCCUCGACAACAGCUAUCGAAAGCUGGAAAAGGACGCCGAGUCGCUGCGUAAGGAACUAGGUGAGGAUAGAUGGGUCAUUGUCUUCCGUGGCGCCGGUCGCCAGGCGCAAAAGAUGCAUGAAUCUGUCGAGCGGUCUCUCCUUAAGCUUCGCGAGGGCGUCGACGUUAGACUGCACCUCACUAAUCCCCCAAUCAUGACCAAGAAGAUAGAGAGCUAUCAAGCAAAAAAGCUGCACUAUGGCCCCGCCAUUGAACGUGUGCUCUCCAUCAUCGACCGCGGUGUCAAAGACCGUUUGACAGUCAACGGUGAAAUAUUGCGACUCCACACCGACUUGCAAACGCGCUGGUCAAUACUCAAGCAGAAUAUGCAGGAGAUGGACGGCGUCGUGGAAGGGAUCAUGGCCGACAACAGGAGCAAGCAGCUUCGGGAUUCCGUCUCAAGCCUCUUGUCCAACGAUCGAUCAACGGUUGGUAGUGGCCAUGACACGCCUGGAAGCUCACCGCCUUCGUCUGUCAUCAUGACGAGCCUGGGAUUUGACCCGCAUACUCCAGUGGCUGCGAAACCCAAGGCUCGCUCACCGAACACUCUUGCAUCGUCCAACCGCAGGUACUCAUCGCUCCCGGAACCGGCAUCGGCAUUUUCAAGGCGACAGGCCGCGAGGCUCUCAACCAUCCCCAGCUCUUCCGCGGGCACUCCCGUGCCAGGCAGCGCAAUUCCCCGACCUCCGUCUACUCUGGACCAUCGUCCCCGCUGGAAUACAUCAACAAAAACUCACGAGCUGGACACCGGCCUAAAGUACAGCCAGGCUCCUCAUCCGCCGUCACAACAUGCAAGCCCGAACACGCUCGCGACACCCAACCGACGCAUUGCCUCCGCAGCCUCCCCUGCCAGUACUGGCUCAAAACUGCCCACCAUGCGCAACAUUUUCCACCGCGCCACCUCGGAAUCGCCCCAAGUGGAACGAACGCCUUCUAGAACCAGCCACUCUCGCAUGGGAAUCCGAGAGCGCCUCGCCUCGCCAGGGCCUUACGCCCAGCAGACGCUGGCCAAGAAGUCUUCCAUGAGUGCCAUAGGCAACCGUCGUACAUCUCUUCAGCCGCCUCGUGCUGGCCACGGCGUCGAAGAGGGCCAGAGCCGACCAGCGAGCUCGCUGGCCUCACACAGAGAAAGCCUCUUGCCCAGAAUGCCUGGUCGAUCCAGCCCGAUGCUGUCCCGCAAAAAGGACACGACAGACCCCAAUAAGCCUCGCUGGCGAUUUUGA